GGAAGACACGUCUGAGACGCGCAUUCAUUGAAGUCAGGGAGUGGUGAUGAUGGCAGUGUGGCAUGCGCGUGUUGGAGUUGCGUGCGUGCUGGCACUGCUGCUGGUGAGCUGCGGCGGGCUCCUGCUCAUCGUCGAUGCUGCGCCGUGCCCAAGCAACUCCGUGUUCCUGCACUCGCAGUUGCACGGUGAGGACUACUGCGUGUGUGCACCAGGCCUGUCCUGCUUCGGCAAAGCGUGCUCGUACGGCAGCAGCGUGAACAUCGACAGCUUCAGGGAGGAUGACGUCGGCUUUCCGUGGAAGUGCGCCAGCUGCAGGUGCGGGCAUGGAACAGAGAUGCCAACUGCCCCCUUGGGCCAGAGGCUGCUGCGGUUGCAGGCCAGCGACGCACUCUAUCCAGACUACCCUGACCCCACGUUUGAUGGCAUGUGUCGCAUCACGGGCCCAGCCAAGCACCCACCUCGUGCACUGCCCAACGCAACUUGGAUCCACUUUCCAAAGUGCGGCACGUCGUUCACGUCCAUCCUGUACAACUACCUCUGUCAGGGCACAGACGAGAGCCUCCAUCUUGUCGGUGUCUCCCCUACCAUUGAGAAGGAGUACUUCCCUCGCACGUGCUCGUUCUGCUACAAGCCGUGCAAUCCGGGCGGCAAGUGCAAGGGCUUCUCCACGUGGGCGCCGCACGACGGCCUUGUCAGGCCAAAGCGGAAGAAUGUACCAUACGAGACGAAGAUGUGUGUGAGUGACCUCAUUGGUGUUGUCAACACGCACUUCCCCGUCACCCGCAAGUGGCUCACCAUCAACGCCAACAUCAUGGCCAUGUUCCGCAACCCGCUCACACGGCUCAGGUCUGCGUACAACCAUGCGCGCCACGCAUUUGGGCUGUCUGACCGGGCAAAGAUGGUGGAGGAGACGAAGCAGUGGUCCCUCAAGCAGUGGACGACGUGGCCAGGUGUGCGCGGGUGCCAGACGAAGAUGGUGCUGGGCCAGCACUGCGGCUCCAAGUUUGAGCUCACGGCCGCCGACCUCGAGGAGGCAAAGCGGCGGGUUGACGAGCACUUUGCGUUUGUCGGGCUGGUUGAGGCGUGGAACACGAGCGCGUGUCUGUUCCACCGCAUGUUUGGCGGGCGCAUCCAUGACCACGAGGUGCUCAACCUCCGGCCGGCAGACCCGGACCGCUACGCAUCCAAGUUCCGCAUUGCCAACGACGACGACUUACACGAGCUCACCGUUGCUGAUGACCCCAUUGACUAUGCCUUGUAUGAACACGUUCGCGCCAAGUUUGUGCGCCAGCUGCGCGAGUAUGGCAUCGAAGUCCCUGCCUCGCUCACAAACCCGCCUGAUAUCUACCACUAGCUAGCAGCCACUUGUGUGUGUGUGCAUGUGUGUGUGCAUGUGUGUGUGCAUGUGUGUGUGCAUGUGUGUGUGUGUGUGUGUGUGUGUGUUAGCAGGCAGGUCCUGCCUUGCCUUUUGCCGCCGGGACCCAGUUACAUUACCCUAUCGCCUCGAUUGCUUGCUGACUUUGCUGAUGAUGGUCCGCUGCGAGGUGUGUCGUUGGCGAUACACGCUGUAAACGAGCCGCUGUACAAGCCUCUUCACUGACUGUCACACAACCC